AUGAGUCCGCGGAGUAUUCCAGAGUCGCCGGCGACAGCGCAGUCCCGGCAGUGCGCGUCCACAGAACCAGUCGCUUCCCUUUCUGAUAGCCAUCCCAAGCCGGUUUCCUCUUCCAACAGACCCAUCACUUCGAUUCCGGCAAACCUUUUACCGUCAGCACCGGCUUCUCCUCCCACUCCGGCCCCUAGUCCCACUCCUCACCAGGGACAUCUGAUAUGGCAGCCCGUCGAUGACGACUAUGAUAACUUCGUGACGAAUGCGAGAAUCCAUUUCUCGUCGCUUUCAAAUUCCAGAAAACAGAGAUUUCUAGAGGAUAUCCUUGGUUUAUGUGACAGUCAGCAACUCAGCUUUGUCUCGAGCUAUGUCGCCCCCCGCUUGAGAAAGGACCCCUUUGACGUGUUUCCAAAUGAGCUGUGCCUGAGGGUGCUCUCCUUCAUAGACGAUCCCAAGACUCUCGCAAGAGCUUCUCAAGUCUCGAACCGCUGGCGCGAUCUUCUGAAUGAUGACAUAACCUGGAAGAAUCUCUGUGAGAAACAUGUCUAUGCAUGCCGAAGGUUUUCGGAAGAUCGGGACUUUGUCGAACCGUUACCGAACCGAACCGCCCUCAACGUCUCACAUCCACGCCGUGUCAGCAGUUCGCAGUCGAGCUCGACUUUCCCCGGCCUGCAAUCCCGAGAGAGCUUUCCCGGGUUGCCACACAAUCUAUCCGGAGACUUGCUCCCAGGGUUAGGUCCGUCACGAAGACGUCGGCCUCGCCCGUUGUCCUACAGGGCGCAUUUCAAACAGAAAUACAUGGUGGAAUCGGCAUGGAAUAAAGCCGGGGUGUGUGCGCAGCGAUAUAUCACUCCCGACCAGGGGGUUGUUACGAGCCUUCACUUAACCCCUAAAUACAUCGUGGCUGCGUUGGACAAUGCCAAGAUCCAUGUGUACGAUACGAACGGGAAUAAUCAAAAGACGCUAAACGGACAUCUAAUGGGUGUAUGGGCCAUGGUCCCGUGGGACGACAUGCUCGUGAGUGGUGGUUGCGACCGGGAUGUUAGAGUUUGGGACUUGGUUACAGGAGAAUCUAUUUGCACGUUACAAGGCCACACGUCAACGGUGCGUUGUCUGAAAAUGUCCGACAAAAACACGGCCAUCUCCGGGUCUCGGGACACCACACUGCGCAUUUGGGACCUAAACAGGGAGGUCUGCAAGAGUGUCCUCGUUGGGCAUCAAGCUAGUGUCCGAUGCCUGGCCAUACAAGGCGACACUAUUGUUUCUGGAAGCUACGAUACCACUGCCCGCAUAUGGAGUAUAUCUGAAGGACGAUGUCUACGGACCCUCCAGGGUCAUUUUAGUCAGAUAUACGCGAUUGCUUAUGACGGUAGGCGAAUCGCCACGGGCAGUCUUGAUACGUGCAUCCGGAUCUGGGACCCCCAAACAGGUCACUGCAAUGGUAUCCUUCAAGGACAUACCUCCUUGGUGGGGCAGUUGCAGAUGCUCGGCGACACCCUUGUCACCGGAGGAUCGGACGGGUCCGUUCGCGUCUGGUCUCUGACCAAGAAUGGCCCUAUUCAUCGACUUGCAGCCCAUGACAACAGCGUGACCAGCCUCCAGUUUGAUCAUUCUCGUAUUGUCAGUGGUGGUAGUGAUGGUCGGGUCAAGGUCUGGAGUCUGGAGACUGGACAGCUUCUCCGCGAGCUUUCCACGCCCGCCGAGACUGUGUGGCGGGUGGCUUUUGAAGAGGAGAAGGCGGUGAUUAUGGCCAGUAGAUCUGGCCGUACGGUCAUGGAGGUCUGGGAUUUCUCACCACCCCCUGAAGGUAUCGAGAACGACUCCGUUCUCGUUGACAGUGGUUCAAGCACACCUGCAAUGCGCCCCUCACCUGACAGUCGACCUCGAAGUUUCUUUUCCGACACGGCUUCGCCGACACCUCAGGGCAACGAAGAUGAUCACAUCAUGGCGGAUGCCCCAUCCUCCUGA